AUGCUUCAGAUUCCACUAGCAUCAGCCCGGGAAAGCUUCCCAACCAUUAAAAUCUUUCUGUCAGUAUUCUCAGAAUAUGAUGUAUGUGACGAUAAUGAUCAUGGAAAAGAUUUUAGCCUAGUGGCUGUCUUGAGGAUGCUGAUGGAACACAGGUAUGCAACAAUAAACUUUGUACAAUUAGUACUGCACCGUUAAAAUAGAAGCAUGGGACCAAAGGUCAGUAAACUCCCAAGUUCCACCACUUACUGGUUCAAACAUACUGAAGGUGGCACAUGUAAUAUGACCUCCCUUCAAGCACAAAAAUAAACCAUAAAGCAAUGCACUUUGGUGAGUAAGUGUAAAAAGCAGACAUUUCAGCGACUGGAGAAGACAAAAGUAGGCUUAUUCAAAGUAAAUGGAAUUAGUUUACUGCUUAAGGUAAGUCAUUUCCUUUAACCAUUAUACACAAAACAGUUCUGAAUUGGUUUUUCUUUCUCUUUUAAGAGCUGUUGAAAUUAUAGCUGACAGGUGGGAGAUUUAUUCAAGACUGUUGCACAAAUAAUUUAUGGCAGCUUUGAUGAACUCAAGAAAGACGCAUCUUGACUUUUUGGCCUCCUAUUAACCUGCUAUCCACGGCUGUCCAGUUCUACAAGAUCAUGAAGUUCCAAAAUAUAGAAUACAUUUUGCAGCCAAGAAGAUUUUCAGAGUAAUCUGCUUAUUGUCUGCACAGUUCUAAAUAGCACUUACAUAUACGCCUAAGAACUCAGAGGGAAUCUCUUUCAUAACAGACCUCUCUAAACUAUAAAGAAUUUUUAAAUAUUAUUAUGAUCCGCCCUAAAUCCAUAGAAAAUCAGGACCUAAAAUUGGUGUUGAAAAUAUUAAAGAAUCAGGUAACCAAAAGCACUGUCAACUCAAAAUUAAUUUCAUUUUCUCCAAAGGAAGUACAAGUCUAGAGAGAUAUAUAUACUGUAUAUAUAAAACCAGUAGCUAUACUUUUGCAAGCAAAGAACUGAAAUGCAUGGAUUUUCAGGAGAUUCCUUUUUUCUUUUCUUUUUUACUGGUCACCAAUCCUGCACAUUUGGUUAAAAUGCUGUUGCUUUUUUUAAGUUCCUAGAGGUAAUGCACAGAGUCCUUGGUCAAUGGAGUUAAGUUCUCAUUGCCAGAGGAAGAAUUAACCUGAUGAGAAGCUCUGAGAAAUGGUUUAAAGGGAAAACAAUGGGGCUGAAAACUUCUCAAAUUUGAGAAGACUGUGCCACAGUUCUUAUAAAUCUCCUUAUAAGAAAAGAAUAUGUCCUUAAUAAAUUCAGUUUAAACAUAUACAAUAUAUUUAAAUUACAAAUGAUCUGCAAGUUUUUGUAGUCUUACUGGUGGUUGGCUGAUGUCAGUGUCGUUAUUUUAUACUCAAAACCUUUAUUUUAAUCAAUCAAUCAAUCAAUCAAUCAAUCAAUCAAACACACAAUACACUAGGGUGAGGCAAUAAGUAUUGCCAUCACUCUCAUUUGGUUUUGGGAAAUGUUGCAUGAAACUAAUUCAGAGUGAGGCAACAUUUUCCUGCCCUCACUCUGUAGUCCAAUGGGUUAAAAAGAAGAUCGUAGAAGCCAGAAGUUUACAUCAUACCAAAUCAAUUUUUGUGCCCUCCUCCCCUUAAGUUGCAACAUUUCGAUGUUAAAGUAUAACUUUUCAGUCUGUGAGGGGAAAUAAAGCAUGUACCUAUGUCCCAAGUGAAUGGUUUUUUUUCCAUCUCCUUCUUUCCAAUGACAUACCAAAUGCAAGCCAUCCAAUGAGCUAACAACGCAAACAUAGACAUAAGAAGUGUCAGAACUAUAGUGCUGUGCUGGGAAUAGCGAUCCAACUUCUGAAGAAGACGUAAAAGACGCAGCAAUCGUACAGUCUUGAGAAGGUGAACGAUGGACACCUGAAAGGGUGAGAGGGGAAAGUAAUAUUCAGCCGUCUUUCCAUACAGGAAAGUGCUUCAGGUUACUGUCUCAUUUCUAUACUUUUCUGACCUUACAACUCUAUAUUUUUUCUAUAUCUCUCUCUUUUCUACUAGGCCCAUGUACUUUGCAAGAUGUGAGGCUAUCCAAAAUAUUACAUGCAGAGCCUUAAAGAGUUCUAGGUGGAUUUUCUUUUCUUUAUUUUUUUAAGCAACAUAAGGUUUCUUCAAAAGUUAAAUGUUCCGUUUAAUUUAUUUUAAAAAAACCCUAUGCCACUGUGUUUUAACCAAACGAAAACAAAUCCCAGAGCUCUUCAGAACUCAACAUUUUUGUUAGCCUCAUUUUGUGAGCCUAUUGCAGGACACAAGCACCAGAAAGGAAAGGCCAGUCUACUGUUUUUUGUAAUGUAUAAGCAAGAAUGUACACCACUCCAACACCUCUAGAAAGUGAAUCCCCCUUCCUUCCCCACAAAAAGCCCCUGGACCUAUUUGUCUGCAAUUUGGCAGGCUAAAUCCACUCUGGAGAGGCUUAUGUGCCUGUUAAUUUACCCACAUUGGACAAAAGGGGAAAAUUUUACAGCCAUUUUUAGUUUCCCAUUAUAGUGAAUGAGGAACACAGAGGUCCAUUUUAGACAGAAAACCUUGGAACAGACCGAAGUGUGGGAGAACAGAGUGACUCAGAAACAGAUCAGAAUUUUUAAAAAUGCACAGUUGCACAUACAAGAUGGACCUUGGUGCCCAUGCACAUCCCUGGUGAAUGCAUGAAGGUGAGUUACAUAGUCAGGUAUGGAAAACCUGAAAUGCUUCUAGUUAUAUAAUAAUAAUAAUAAUAAUAAUAGGAACCUAAAUUUUGCCCUCAGGCUUACAUCCUAGCAGUGUAAACCUAUGUAUAUUAGUGUUAUGAGUUUGUGGGUGCUAGGCACCCUAAAUUCCUGAGUCCAUUAGGUGUUAGAAUUUCAUCAGUGCUUGGAGUGUUAAGACUGGAUGACAGACCCAUAUGCAUUAAGCCAGCGUGUAUUAAGCCCAAACUGUGUGUAUUAAGUUGUGGUAUUAAGUUGUGGUAGACCCAGCUAAUCCUUUAAUUAAGUCAAGUGUUGGGCACUACUUAGGCUAGGCUAAGCUUUCUGCACGAGGUGACAAAGCCAUUAAAAUGACAAAGCAUCAAAGGAACUCUGUGGUUGUGGCCCCUCCCUCAGCUCCAAGUUAGUUUGAAGAUAAAGCCACAGCUGAGAGAAGCUAGAGCUAGAAAACACUAUCCAACCAUCUCGUCCUCUGUCAUCCCCUUCUCCUUGUGCCCUCCAUCUUUCCCAGCUUCAGGGUCUUUUCCAGGGAGUCUUCUCUUCUCAUGAGGUGGCCAAAGUAUUGGAGCCUCAAGCUUCAGGAUCUGUCCUUCCAGUGAGCACUCAGGGCUUAUUUCCUUAAGAAUGGAUAGGUUUCAUCUUCUUGCAGUCCAUGGGACUCUCAAGAGUCUCCUCCAGCACCAUAAUUCAAAAGGCCCAGGUUGUACAUAUGUGUAAAUAAACCAUGUAUCAACUUUAAAAGGUAGCUCAGUCAGUAGAGCAGGAGACUCUUAAUCUUAGGGUCAUGGGUUCGAGCCCCACAUUGGGCAAAACGAUUCCUGCAUUGCAGGGAGCUGGACUAGAUAAAACUUGUGGUCCUUUCCAACUCCAUAAUUCUAUGAUUCUAUGAUCAUAAAGACACCACAGUCUCUGCUGUACUUCAUCCCCAAAAGGAAAUACAGACCCUGGGUAAGCCUACCUGGAGCCCCUGGAAUUUCUCGCAAUCAGAAAUUGGGGUGUUGUGUAACGCUAUCAUACAUUAAGUCUCACUGGCUUCAAUGGGCUUUACUUUCAGGUCAGUAAUGUAAAAAACAUACUACAAAAGGGAAAAGUUUGGGGAGGGAAGACUAAAUCCAGGUACAAGGCAAAACGGCCCCUGAGAAGACAGUUAUCGGAAAGGAGGGGCCUCCUUUAAAGGGAAGUUAUAUCAGUUAUAUAUACUUGAGCUCACAUUACAUUUUUCUAUGAUGGAUUAAACUAAAUCUCCAAUUUUUUAAAUUAUGUGAUAAUAAUAGGUUUGCAAAUGAGUGUAAUAAAUCAUGUGUAAUUAUUUCUCAUUACUCAUUCCAAAUGUUUUUUUCCCCCUUUAGCAGUGUUCGGUUUGUCACUGUAAGAUCUGAAAUUCAUAUACAGAAGAUACAGUAUUUUCACAACUUAGAAAGACAAAAUGAGGAGUCAGCACUCCUACUCUGUGCCUAGCUAAAUUUGAUUACUCACCUAUGCAAAGCCAGCCCGAAUUUCACUUUAUAGCUAACUGAUUUAGACUAGUAAGGUUAAGCUUUUCCUAGCAACUGAAAGAAUCUGCACUGCUAAAAACCGCAACGCUAAAACUAAAAAAGUGGCUGGAGAAGGCAUGGCAAGUGAUACUUGCCCAGUAUCUAUCUAUGGGCCACAGUGCCGCUGGGCAAGGGCAUCCUGUGCUUAUUGGGCCCAGAACAGGGAUUAUACCUCACCCAACAACAACUUAUUACUUAUCUCUCACCCAUCUGAUUGGGUUGUCCCAACCACUUUGGGUGGCUUCCAACAAAAUAUUAAAAAACCACAGCAAAACACCAAGCAUAAAAAACUUCCCGAUACAGGGCUGCCUGGGUCGAGGUUUUCCACUGCUCCACUAGAGAAUUUCCAGCUUCACCCUAGAUAUCCACAAAAGCACAAUGUACUAAUUAUAUAAAAUGAUCCUAGCUCUUCUUGUGAUCAGAACUUGCGUGCUUUUGAACUCACGGAAAGCAGAAUCUAAAAGGAAGAAUUUAUAGCUACCUAGCCUUGUAAGAGAGAAGGAGUGCUGACCUCUCCAUGGGUAGAGAUCAGUUUAGCCACUAUACCAAAGUAAGCAGACCUUGUGUGCUCUUAGGUAUCUCAAUGCUUUUGAAAUUUCAGACUUCAUCCUAACUGCAUGCUGUCAGAAGGCUGUAUAGUCUUCUCCAGCCUCUGCUCUAAAAAAAACACCAAAUGAAAGUACAUCCCCUGUGCUAAUUAUUGCUAAGGAAGUAUUCUGUUAGAUGCUUAGAAAUCCUUCACGUCACAAUCAUAAUUAAAAAUAAAGAAGUCUCUAUCAGCAUUUGCUGACUCCUUUACAUAUAAGACUGUCAAUUAAAUAACAAUCUAACAAUUCACAAGGCUUUCAUCUGUAUCUCCAAAUAAUUCCCCCCCCCCAAAGUAAAAUCUGGAUUUAUGAAACUCUUAAUGCAUGUGCAGGACAUUCAUGGCCGCCUAAGGCAGAAUAAUUUUCUGAGUAAAUCAACGUCAUUGCAUUGUGCAUAAAGAUCUUUAGAGACAGGAGAGUAUUAAGGCAUUAAAGAAGAAAAACUUGAAUUCCCCCUAAUCUACUGGUUUGCAGAACUGAGUCAACAUCACGUAGGAACUAUGCAAGUAUCCUGCUUUUCAGUAAAACAUAGCAUAUUAUUAAAAAGUCAAUGUACAUUACAGCCUAAAUUAAUUGGGGGGCGUGUUAGAGGCAAAAUAUGAAAAUGUUUAAAAAUUAGUGUGGGUAAAUAACUUCCUGAAUGGGUUUUUUUGCACAGACUAGUGAAUGUUCAGAUGCAUAUCAAGAUUGUGGCUUAAUGGGUUUUGACUGAACUGACUCUCCCACCCCAAAGUCCCACCCCACCCCCCAAAAUGCUGAUGAACCUUGGAGCCUUCACAAGCUUACAUCAACUUCCCAACAUCUCUUGGGGUGGGGAUAACUAAUACAAGAAAGUUAACUCUGUAUGUUUGUGUGUAUAAUAAAAAUUAUUAAUUCUUAAGUUAGUUGCCAUGAAUAUGUUCCAGUAAUUCCAUUACCCCAAAAAUAAUGGGUAGCACAUUUGAUCUCAUAAGCAUUUUCAACUACUGUACUUUUCUGUGUAUAAGACGAGGGUUUUUUUUUACCGUAAAAUAAUGUUAAAAACGUGCCUCGUCUUAUACACGGAUAGUGAAUGUGGGUGAUGGGUGAUUGGUUGCCACUGCAAGCAGGAGCUUGUCAGUGGUGAUUUGGUAUGUGAGAGUUGGCUGCUAAAAGUUCUGCUUUGGAUUUUCUGCUGCUGCACAAAUUGGUUGGGUGAUAGGUUGCUGAAUUGGCUGUCACUGCGGCAAUUGGGCGUUUGAUUUCCGGCUGCUGCUCUGAGAUGCAAGCAAUUGUUAGUGGUCAGCGUUUUUAAAUCUGGUUAGUUAUUUUCGGCAUCCCCCCCCCCAAAAAAAGAGCUCAACAACUCUGGGUCAUCUCCCCCCAUUUUCUUAAAUUUGAGUCCCCAAAAUAAUUUGAGUCUUAUACAUGGUGGUGUGUUAUACAUGGAAAAAUACGGUAUUUUUUAAAAGCAAUAUCCCCCCCCCCCCCAGUAUUUCUACUUGGCUUACAUAACUCAGGGCAGGGCAGGACCUGUGACACCCCUCCCCAUCUUUAAUGUACUUGAACUCCAGCUUCUACCAGCAGGAAGGAUGAAGGAAGUUGUAGAUCAGAGUUAGGGGACCACAGAUUCCACAUCUGUGUGGGUGUAGAAGAUUGGCCCAAAUUCCCCUUAGACAUUUUUGUUUUGGAAGGGUUUCUCUGAACAUAGUAAGGUAAAGGGACCCCUGACCAUCAGGUCCAGUUGUGACCGACUCUGGGGUUGUGGCACUCAUCUUGCUUUACUGGCCGAGGGAACCGGCGUACAGCUUCCGGGUCAUGUGGCCAGCAUGACUAAGCCGCUUAUUGCAAACCAGAGCAGUGCACGGAAACACCGUUUACCUUCCCGCCGGAGCGGUACCUAUUUAUCUACUUGCACUUGAUGUGCUUUCGAACUGCUAGGUGGGCAGGAGCUGGGACUGAGCAACGGGAGCUCACCCCGUCGCGGGGAUUCGAACCCCCAACCUUCUGAUCAGCAAGUAAUAGGCUCUGUGGUUUAACCCACAGUGCCACCCGCGUCCCGCUGAACAUGGAGAACCUUGAAAAAAGAAAAAAGGAAAAAAGACUACAUAUGCAUGAAGUACAGCAGACUUUAUAGGUCCAGAGGAUUCCCUUUAGUUUGAUACCUAAGGUUUUGCUUUAACUGCUACAUUUUUUCCACAACUGCUUCUUCAGCACUUCAAGACAAAACACUUCAUGUACUUGGAAGAGAUAAAAAGCUGCACUCGAGGGUACAGUACACACACACUGGCCCUGUGCUUUUCUUUUGCCUGCAAAGAGCAAUAUUUUCAUUCACAAAAGGGACACUUGAGAACAGCAGAGAUAAAAUGGGAUAGAAAGGCCAUACUCACCACAUUGACAUUAAAAGCAUAAAGCAGGUCAAAAGGAAGGGCAGCAAUUAAAUCAAUGAUGAACCAGGUAGUCACAUAGUGGAUACAAAUAGAUCUCGCUUCAAAUAUUACUUGGCCAGACUUGCUGACGUACGUUGUUCGGAAAUUUAAAAUAAUAUCUGCUUGAGAAAGAAACAAGUUGUCAGAGGCUGCUAUUUUUUUCCUUUAAAUGAUAAGUAAAGGACAAAAAAAAAGCAAUGCUCUUUAUUUAUCUCACAAUAAAAACCUGGGAGGGAAACACUUUUGGCAAAUAUUUUUCAGAUGUUUAGCAGGCCCUCCACACAGCACAGUGAAGACUUGCUCAGAAUGGAAAAGAUGAGUCAGCUGAAAGUAACUGAAUGGUGAGAGAUGGUGGGAACAAAUCAAAGCUAAGAAUUGCAGCGUGGUGACUUGCACAGUUUAUGUUUUUCUGUAUUACAGUUUAUGGCUGCAUUGCCUAUUGCCAUGAGAAAUGCUUUUGAUGUGGCAUGCUAGAGCAUGUUAAAAUCCAAACAAAAGUUCAGAUUCUGGCAGUUGUCUCAAUUGUUAUCAUGUUCCAGAAGAUGAGGACCAUAUAUUGUCCUCAGGCAUAUAGCUCCUACUGGUGUCAAGGAGAACAUUGCUCUAACAUCUACAGAAUGUCAAAAGAAUUUUGCUAGAAGCUGCAGGUCCUAGCAUUAUUUUAUUUUCCCUCUAUCAAAACUUGCACAGAGUUUAUAUAAUGCUUUGCUUGUAUCUGACCAUUUCAAUUCAUGUCACCUCAAUCAGAAAUUGCAUCUCUGCAAUUCAAUUUGCACCAUUCCCACCCCCACCCCCCCAGUAAUAGCACCAAUGGACCAGGCUGGGCAGCGGUUGCCUUUUCCUGAGAUAACUCAGAAUGCAAGAGAGUUUAAUUUUUUUUUUUUUAAUUAUUUUGCAAAAAGUGUGUUUGUGAGAAAGAGACUGCAAUGUAUGGUCUCUGAAAAGAAACCAUGAGAAAAAUGUUGUCAUGCUGAAGUUGGCUGAAACUUCACACACAUUGCCAUUUUUGCCUUAACUGAAAUACCACUGAUCUAGAGCCAUUUGGCACUAUGAAUCCCCUGGAUGUGCAGCAGGAGCUCUGCAGACAGGAAACUCCACAGGGCAGUGUGAAAUCCCUGGUGUUAAGUUGUGGGUGAACAUAUCAGACGACACAGCGAUUCUUCAAACAGCUCUUGUUUAUUCACAGGCCAGAACAGAACUGAACUGAAGGGUUCAGCCAGCCUGCUUAUAUAGAGCUCCAGUACAACGCAACAGUAACCAUUUUCUCUAACUAUCCAAUCACUGAACGUCACUUUCGAUCCCUUAUUUGCAUAUGUGGACCUGAGUGAAAACUAUCUACAGUAUCCCCCUGCUGGCCCAGGGUGAGAACUUCAGUACAUAACACCUGGUAGUGACAAGCAACUAUCAAGAGCUAUAGCUUGGCUUCUGGGUACAUCACAGUCUAUAUCGCUUGUGAACAGAAACCAUACAUCUGGAGGACCACAAGGGCCUAUUGUCUGUAGGCAUUUUUUUAAAAAAAUUACUAUAAAAAGAUGAACCAUGCUUUAGCCAUUUUUUAACAUGAAAAUGUCUUCAAUGUGCAGUAUGUUCUUAUGUGAGUCGACUCAGAAGUAGAUCCAAUGAAUUUAAAAUAAACCUCUGCUCAUCUACUCAAAAGUAAGUUCGGUGGGAAUCCCUGGUAAGGGUGCAUAGUAUUGAUUGAUGCUUAGAGCUUGUACUUUACACUAGAAAUGUAUUCUUCUUGGUGCAUUCAUUAAUCCAGCGAACCAUUUGACUCUAACAACGGUUCAAUGUAGUGUUAAAACUGGCACAAGGCAGGGGUUAAUUAUCCCCGGAACCUUUUCAAAUGUUAGUAAUCACCUAGCUCUGAAAUAUAUGUAAAAGAGGAGAGAGGGCAGCAAAGAGGAGGAAAUGUUUUGAAAUGGUCCUUUGUCUUCUUGUAUAUAUCAUGUUGCAGUGUAGCGACAGGCCACACCAUGGGUAGGCAAACUAAGGCCCGGGGGCCGGAUCCGGCCCAAUCGCCUUCUAAAUCCAGCCCGCAGAUGGUCCAGGAAACAGUGUGUUUUUACAUGAGUAGAAUGUGCCCUUUUAUUUAAAAUGCCUCUCUGGGUUAUUUGUGGGACCUGCCUGGUGUUUUUACAUGAGUACAAUGUGUGCUUUUAUUUAAAAUGCAUCUCUGGCUUAUUUGUGGGGCAUAGGAAUUCGUUCAUUUCCCCCCCAAAAAUAUAGUCUGGCUCCCCACAAGAUCUGAGGGACAGUGGACCGGCCCCCUGCUGAAAAAAAUUGCUGACCCCUGGGUCACACCAUUAACAGUUUUUUUGUAGCACCUUCAGUAAAGUUGUAAAGGCUUCCAAGCCACAACAGGGAAAAUAUUCCACUGCCAUCUUACAGUUGCUGUCUAUAACUUUUUCUUUUUUCUUUUUGUAAAGGCACAAGUGACUCAAUAUGACAGACAAGCUGCCAGGUUUUGCACUAUUUUACACUUCAGCUCUAAAGUGGCACAUGGCCUCUCUCUCUCUUUUCCCUGAGAGAAAAGGAAAAAAGGAAGGGCUUCGCAAGACAAUGUCAAGACAUGUCCAGCCUAUGUAGCACAAUUCCUCACAAAUUACCAUUAUAUUAUUAUUAUUAUUAUUAUUAUUAUUAUUAUUAUUAUUAUUAAUAUUAUUCCCUUCAUCUGUAGAUCUCAGGGCAGUUCACAACAUAAAUUACAAUAUAAAAAACACAAAAUACAGCCAGCCUUUAGGAUAUUUACAUAUUCUCAAUUCCCUCUUCCUGUCUGCUAGAUUUCCCAUUAUUCCCCUUGUUUGUUUAAUUUAAAAGCAUUUUUUUUUUAAAAAAAAACAAUAAUAGGCAGGCUACAAAAAUAACACAAAAGGCAGUAAAAGGUUUUAAUAAAAACAGUAAAGCAACGUUAUCAAAAAGGUAAAAACAAGGUCAAAAGAGGAAUUAGGAAUAGCAGGGUCCAAUCUUAUGGAUCGGGGAAAAUCCUUCUUGUUAAUCAUAAUUUAGAAUGACAUGUAGAUGCAGUGCUGGCCCAAGACAUUUUGCUGCCUGAAAUGGAGCCCAAGUUUAAGUUCCCCUAUAGUGUUCAGACUACACCAGUAAGAUGAAACAAUAAAUGGUUUAUUUCUGGGUUUCUUUUUACAUAGUUCUCAGUCUGAUAUCCACCUUGGAAACAUUUCCAUAAAGCACAGGCCUAGAGCAUGCUCAGUUCCAUCUUUUUUCCCUUUGGGCCACACAUUUUUUACACUCCUCCCCCUCUAGUGAAGAUACUGUCAGCAGCAUUUUUCUAUAUAGCCUACUGAUAAUAGGAAUAAAGAGGGGCCACCACUAGGGGCAGUGCUUUGAAAAAGUUUUGCUGAAACAUUCAGGCAUCAAUCUCCCCAUCUCAAUAGGGACUAAAGCAGGUGAAAGGAACAGACAUAGGAGCCAACUCCUAGGGGCUAAGGUCCCUUUGGCCCUCCCAAUAAAAUAUUUGAGUGGGCCAGCCCUCCCUGAAAUUGAUGGGCACUGCCAUUCAAAUGGGGUGUGUGCACCAUGUCAUGUGAUUGAUUGUGUGGGUUGGGGCUUACCGCCCCCAUCCCCCACACCAAGAAAAACAUUUUAGUCAAGUUGGCAUCCCUGGGAACAGACAUGAUAGGACUGACAAUGUGAGAUGACUUUGACAAAUCCCCCCACAAACUUUCUAAAGUAAAAUAACGCUAAUCGUUUCCACUUUGGGUUCUUAAUAUAAUCUAGAUUAUAAACUGGGGACCAUAUAACUCUCUAAUAUCAGCAGGGGAAAGAAUUUGCUCCAGUGAGGCACGCUCGUGGUGCCAGACUCCAAUUUGCACACCAAGGUUUUCAAGGAAGUCCUGCUAUGCCAUCCCUGGAUGCGACUGAAGGUUCUGCCUAGGUCAUUAAGCUGGAGAUAGACGGGCUGUUUUAGCUUCUGUGCUCAGAGGUGUGCAAAUAUCAUCCUUGAAUGUGCACAUACAGCAUCUAAUGCUAAUAUGGCUUGUGACAAGCAUGUCAGGUUUCAUAAUUGCUUUUUCUCAGCCCUACUUCCUGAUUUGCUUAUAAAUAUACAUAAGAUCCUAGUUCCUUUUGUGGCCAACUAUUAUGCCUGCAGAGUGUUACCACUAAAGAGUUUCUGAUGAAAAGCAAUCAAAGCACUGGAACAUUUUCACUGGGCAUAUUGUUCUUCACCCCUUUGACUUUUUUACUCAAUCAGGCAAUUCUGGCAAAUUUUGAACUUUUCUUCAGCAAUGGCUUUCCCCCCUACAUUUCUUUCUUGCUGUCACUGAAUAGUCAUUAUUCUACAAAAGUCACAUCCAGAGAAGAUUAAUUAGGCUUUACUUCCCGACCUUCUAAAAGCUGCACAUUUAUUUAAUUGGUCUCAUUGCUAUUUGUUUUGUUUUAUUUUUCAGAUGCUUAAGAUGUGGUGACUUUGACAGAUUUCCCCAUAAAAUUUCCACAGUAAAAAAAGAAAAAGAAAAAAGCACCCCUAAGUAAUAAUUUUCAAGUUUAGUUCUUAAUUAAAGUACAGUAUUCCAGCCUGUUUAGAAAUAAAAUUGGGGCAACAUUCAAAGCCUGGUUUAUCAAUCAGAUUAAACCUACAAAUCAGGAGCACUCAUUCAUUACAAGGAAAGGGAGAAAGCCGACCAUUCCUGCUGAGAAGAAAUAGAUAAAUAGCCACUUUGGUCUAUUCUAGUAAUGGAAAACAUGACAACAGACCUAAACAAGAGAUUAGAAGAUAGCUAUCUACUUAUUGAGCUACCAUGAUUCAGUUUUCUAAAUGUAAAAGCCAACUAAGAGUCACAAAAAGUAAUUUAUUAUUAUUGACCUGUUUCAAAACGUAUAUAGAAUGUGAUUAUAACUUCACUUACUUGGGAGUAAACCUCAUUGAUUUCCAUAGGCCUUACUUCUAAGUAGACAUAGAAUCAUAGAGUUGGAAGGAACCACAAGGGUCAUGUAGUCCAACUCCCUGCGGAAAGACCCUGAGAUAAAAAGUCUCAUGCUCUACUAACUAUAAGUUAUUUUGCCUGCAUGGUUAGGACCUAUAAAUGACUCAGAUUAAGGAAUUGAUAGGAUGCUCAUCAAAUUUGCAGAUGACACCACACUAGGAAGAGUAGCUAAUACUUCAGAAGAUAGAAUCAGGAUUCAAGAUGACCUUGCAGAACUGGGCUGAAACUAACAAAAUCAAUUUUGGUAGGGUUCACCUGACUUGACAACAGUACACGUGAAAAGGAUCUAGGGGUCUUAGUAGACCACAAUCUCGACACGAGUGAACUGUGUUAUGUUGCAGCAAAAAAGCUAAUGCAUUUCUUGGUUGCAUCAACAGUAAUGUCCAGAUCAAGGGAAGUAAUAGUACAAUUCUAUUCUGCCUUGGUCAAAUCCCAUCUGGAUUACUGUGUCCAGUUCUGGGCACCACAGUUUAAGGAGGAUAUUGACAAGCUGGAAUGCAGGCAGAGAAGGGUGACCAAGAUGAUCACAGGUCUGGAAACCAAGCCUUCCUUAUGAGGAACAGUUGAGGGAGUUGGGCAUGUUUAGCCUGAAGAACAGAAGUCUGAGAGAAGCUAUGAUAGCCAUCUUCAAAUGUCUGGAGGGUUGUCUCAUGAAGAUGGAGCUAACUUAUUUUCUUCUGGAUUCAAAUUUACAAGAAAGGAGAUUCCAACUGAACAUUAGGAAGAACUUUCUGACACUGAGUCUGGCAGUGGAAUGGACUACCUCGGAUGGUGGUAGACACCCCCUCUUCAUUGGAGGUUUUUAAACAGCGCUUGGGUGGCCAGGGAUUCUUUAGCUGCAAUUCCUGCAAGGGAUUGGACUAGAUGAGCCUCAAGGUCCUUCCAAACUCUACAAUGCUAUGAUUCUAUGGUCCCCACUUCCCUGUUUCAAAAUGGCGCUCUGUGUGUGUGUGUGUGUGUGUGUGUGUAUUCCUACUUCAAAGUCCACAUUUGAUUGCCCACUAUUGUGAUAAUUAUGUUCCUGAAGUCAUUGUGUUCCUGAAGUCAUUAUGUUCCUGAAUAGGCUGUGUUUCUGCACUUAUGCUCCUGAAUAAACAUCCAUGUAAUCUGAAACACGGAAGAAGGGAACAUUCAUAGAAAUUAUAAGGGAUUAUAAACACUUUCAUUGUUUCUGCUUUCUUCCUACUUACUAAGGCUUUCAAUCUACAACAAUUCUUUUUUUAAAAAAACAAACAAACCCCAAUAAUUUUAUUAAUCUAGAUUUCCAAAAGAGAGCCUACAAAAGAGAACCAUAAAACAAAUAUAAAACAGAUCAGAAACAUCAGAAACAAAAGCUUUUGAACUUCUGCUUUUAAAUCUACAACGAUUCUGAGCUUUUUAAAUACUCCUGUGAUGUGGAUUCAUGCUGAAACCCUUGACCUCAAAGAAGUUGCUCCAGUAAAGUUGGGUCAAUAUGGUGUCCAAAAUGGCUAUCCUUUUUGGACAGCCCUCUUUUUUAUUUUUUUAAGGAAUGUUUCCCCAUUCUUCAGCUAUGAUUAUGCAGAUGGGAGGAGUGGAAUCUAAAGCCCUUCCACAAGGUAAGCAACACAUGCAGAUAAAGAAAAACAACUACAAAAUCAGUUUCACAUUCAUAGGUAAUUUUUAACAUAUCAUGUUUCCUAUCAGCGCAUGUCUCAGGCUGGAAAACUGGGGGUUGUUUUAAAUCAAUCCACCCAUCUGCAUUUUCUAAAACUCCACCUCACAUUAAGUGACUUGUGAAUGCCUUCCCAAAGUUUAAAAGUUCCCAUGUUAAAUUCUGGCAGAUCUGAAAUAAUUUUUUAACAUUCCAUAAGACUGUCAUUGUGAGAUACAUCUCAAAUUGCCUAAUGAAAACAUGCUGAUCUGGAAGGUGGUAAGAUCAGGGAUAGCACAGUUGCAGAAGGUUGGGCAAGAUUAUCUUCAUGGUUCCUUCCAACUCUACAGUUCUAUGAUUCUUUGAUUCUAUAAUCCUAUUUUGCAUUAUAAAUGUACAUGUACCAAGCUACCAAAGUUAAAACACUGGCAUCUGUCAACUAGGCCAUGCACAGAUGUUGAAUGAUUUAAAAAACCUCUGCCUGUGCAUCUCUUCUGUACAGUCUCCCUCUCUGCUGACUCUGGCUUUACAGAGUGGCCAUCGUAAUUGCUUACCUGCAGGCCUCAGACUUUCUCGUCUACAGGGCCUGACAAGGCAAUGAAAUUUCUGACAUACCACCAUUCAAAAAUAUUCAAACAGAUACAAGGCAGGCAUGAGAUGCAAUAGUAUAACAGACAGAAAGAGCUGAGAUGAAGAAUGUCCAUUUCUUUAUGUCCUUGUCAUAAACGCCAUGAAAUUUGUGCAUGGAUGAAAUAAUGAAAGCGGGUGGUGUUAAAUUGCCCCGCCAUGUGGCAGAAGAAAUCAGUGGUGGGUCUGUAUAUCUCAGCCAGUAAUUUCUUAUUCUUUCUCUCUGUGGCUUCAGUUAAAAAUUAAGGUGACUCCCAUCUUUGUUGUUUGUUCAUAGUUGCUCUGCACAAUAGCAUAUUUCCCUUAAAAUACUCUAAAAUACUCUAAAAACCCCACUACAAAACAGUAUACAUUUUUCUCAAACCCAAAUAAGAGUUGGGGGAGAAUAGACAGUAUCUGGAUCUCGAAGGAAUUGACGCAGAGUUUAAUUAAAUCUGAAAUUCUCCCACAAACUGUGUCUGACCACAAUCCAGUACUCAUAGAGAUAAAGGGAAAAGAUGUUAGAGCGUUCAGAUGGAGAAUGAAUGAAUAUUUAUUCAAUGACCAAAAGAUUGUAAGCAAGGCAAAAGAAACAAUUGAAGAGUACUUCAAGUGGAACUUAAACAAAGGGACAGCUAUAGAAACGGUUUGGGAUGCAGGAAAAGCUGUCAUGAGGGGUUUCUUAAUCCAGAAAAAUAGUCACCUAAGAAAAGAAAAAGAGAAAAAGAAAGAAGAGAUCCUAACACAGCUUAUGGAAAAUGAAGGAAAAUUAAUUAUUAAACCAGGAGAGGAGACAAUAAAACAAAAUAUAAAGAUACUACAAGCUCAAUUUACCAUGAUAGUAAAUCAGGAGAUUGAGGGGAGAAUUAAAAUGAUGAAACAAAAGAGCUUUGAAUCAGCAAAUAAAAUAGGGAAAUAUUUGGCGUGGCAAUUAAGAGAAAGGAAAAAACAAAAUACGAUCUGCAAGAUAAGAGAUGGAGAAAGGAUAGUGGAAGAACCAAAAGAAAUAAAAAGGAUAUUUCAGAAAUACUAUAAUGACUUAUAUAAAAGAGGAAAGGAAACAGACUAUGAAAUAGAACGCUAUUUGGAAAAACACCAUCUACAACAGAUUGCAACGGAAGAAAAAGAGCUAUUAAAUCAGCUGAUUACAGAAAAUGAGAUAAGGAAGGCAAUAAAUAAAAUGAAAAUUGGAAAAGCGCCAGGGCCGGAUGGUUUACCGGCCAAAUAUUAUAAAGUAUUAAGCGACCAACUAUGUCCAACUCUAUGUGAAGUCAUGAACAAUACCAUAAAUGAAGGAAGGAUUCCGAACACAUGGAAGGAAGCCUAUAUUACAUUAAUUCCUAAAAAAGAUGCAGACACCUUAGAAGUGAAGAAUUACAGGCCGAUUUCGCUAUUAAAUAACGACUAUAAAUUGUUUGCGGAUGUAAUGGCAGAAAGAUUAAAAAAGGUAUUAAAUAGUAGAAUACAUAAAGACCAAACGGGCUUCCUUCCAGGGAGACAAUUGAAGGAUAACGUAAGACAUGUAAUUGACAUCAUUGAAUACUUGGAAAGUAGAAUAGAUAAACAGGCGGCACUGAUAUUUAUUGAUGCCGAAAAGGCAUUCGAUAAUGUCUCUUGGCGCUUUUUGACAGAAAAUUUGAAAAUGAUGGGGAUGGGAGAAAGAUUUAGAAAAGGCAUUGAAGCUAUCUAUUAUGAGCAAAAAGCAAAGCUGGUAAUAAAUAAUACUACAUCAGAAUUUUUUGACAUAUCCAAAGGGACUAGACAAGGAUGCCCCUUGUCUCCUUUGUUGUUUAUAACAGUAUUGGAAGUAUUUACUAAGAAACUGAGGGAAACAACAGAAGUUAAAGGAGUCAAGGUAGGAACUAAGGAACACAAAAUCAAAGCUUAUGCGGAUGAUAUCGUAUUAACACUAGAAGAUCCAAAAACAGCGUAAAAGAAGCCCUACAAAAAUUUGAAGAGUUCGGUGCUGUGUCAGGCCUUAAAGUUAAUAAGAAUAAGACCAAAAUGCUAACCAAAAAUUUAACCAAAGAAGAUACUGUAGAUCUAGAACAAAAGACGGGAAUUAUGAUAGCAAAGAAGGUGAAGUACCUUGGAGUGUGGAUUACAGCUAAAAACAUUAACUUAUACAAGGAUAACUAUGAGACUACUUGGAAGGAUAUUAAGAAAGAUUUAGAAAUCUGGGAGAGAAUGAAACUAUCCUUCUUGGGGAGGAUAGCGGUUAUUAAAAUGAAUGUCCUCCCCAGAAUGCUAUUCUUAUUUCAAACCAUCCCUGUACUUAAAGGGUUAAAGCAGUGUAAAGAAUGGCAAAGAGCCUUGGCGAGGUAUAUCUGGCAGGGAAAAAGACCGCGAAUAAAAAUGAAAAUACUGGUCGAUAAAAAAGAAAGAGGGGGCUUCUCCCUACCGGAUUUAAGUAUAUAUUAUGAAGCGGCAUGUAUACUGUGGCUGAAAGAUUGGAUAAGAUUGGAGAAUAGGGAUAUCUUGGACUUGGAGGGCUUUGAUAACAGGUACGGGUGGCACUCGUACCUGUGGUACGAAAAGGUGAAAGUACACAGAGGCUUUCUAAACCAUAUUUUUAGAGGACCAUUACUCCAAGCAUGGGAAAGAAAUAAAAACCUAUUGGAAAGGAAGACCCCUUGGUGGAUUUCACCAAUAGAGGUACUGACUGUUAAAAAAAUCAAUAUGGAAGGGAAGAACGCCACCUAUGAAGAACUUACACAGAAAACUGAUCAAGGCAUAAAACUUAGACCGUAUGAAGAGAUAAAAAACUCAUUUACGGGGUGGUUGCAAUACCACCAGGUAAAUGACUUGCUAAAGGAAGAUAAAAAGAAAUCAGGAUUUGAAGAUAAAAAAUCCAAAUUUAAUGUGGAAGUGAUAGAAGGUAAGAAUAAAAUACUGUCUAGAAUAUAUGAUAUUCUACUGGAGUGGCACACAAAAGACGAGGAGGUGAAGGAGGCCAUGAUUAAAUGGGCGAUAGAUAUUGGUUAUAACAUCAACUUUGAGAGGUGGCUGGAAUUGUGGAAUACUAACAUGAAGUUCACGGCGUGUACGGCAUUAAAAGAAAAUCUGUGGAAAAUGAUCUAUAGGUGGUACCACACGCCAGUGAAGCUGGCCAAGAUGUAUAGGUUGAAAAAUAAAAGAUGCUGGAAAUGCGGAGAGGUAGAAGGCGACUUCUACCAUAUGUGGUGGUUAUGCAGCAAAGUGAAAGGCUUUUGGGAGUCGAUCUAUAAUGAACUUUAAAAAAUCCUUAAAUAUACCUUUCCCAAAAAGCCCGAAGCUUUCCUGCUAGGAAUGACGGGUAAAGAAAUCAGAAAAGAAGAUAAGAUCUUAUUUCUAUAUGCCACAACAGCCGCAAGAAUUAUGUUAGCACAAAACUGGAAAACGGAGGCUAUACCUAAUAUAAAUGAUUGGCAGGUUAAAGUGAUAAACUAUGCCGAGCUCGCUAGAAUAACAGGAAGACUAAGAGAUCAAGACGAACAGAAAUUUCAUGACAAUUGGAACAAAUUUUUGAAGUAUAUGGGAACCAAUUUUCAGACGACACUGGCGGGGUUGGAAUAACUCUAACAGCAAGUGAUUAUUAGGUAAAAGAGAUAAAAUACGUGACCGUAAAACUUAUUCGAUACUUACCAAAGGAGUGGAGGGAAGCUCAAGGCUCGGCAGAGCCUAAAGCAACUCUGUAUUAUAUCUAUGAUUUGUAAAAACUUUGUAUAACACUUAUGAUUGGUGGAGUGGAUAUGAUUUGCAUAAGCCAUGUAACGGACUUUGUAUACGUUUAAUUGCACUUAUUUAUAAAACUAAUAAAAAAUUAAAAAAAAAAAAUACUCUAAAAUAAAUUCCACUAGCAUUCCUGGGACUGAAGCAUCCUUUAUGAAGAAACCGCCUUAAUGAUACAUCAGAUCAAUAGUGUGUGUAUUAGACUUUGAGCCUUCCACUCAAAGAAACAUUUCUCCAAAUGCUAUUGGUAGCUGCUCUGAGUUACUGGGAGGAGAGAAAGGCACAAAACAAAUACACACCAAAAUUGGGGGGGGGGGUAUCUAAGUGGUAGAGCAUCGGUUUUUAAUGAAGAAGGUCCCAGGGUCAAACCAGGCAUGACGUUAAUUUCAAAGAACCCUCCCAAUUUUAACUCUAGUUAAGACAUAAUGAAAUGUUACAUCAGCAUAGGCUUAACUUCAUUAUCCUUCAUUGUUAUUCUCUAUUUGCAUAGCAAUAGCAACUACCCUAGUAAAUUGUAUGCACAGCAGCCCAGCCUGGUGUUGUACAGGGAAGAAGACAUCUUUCUACACCCUGUACAAGUUAUGUGUACUGGAGAAUAAUAUAUUAGAUGGAUAGCAUCUGUGGUUGGUGAAAGAAGGCAAAUUCUAAGGCAUUAGUCAAUGAUGGAUUUAAUGGAUGAAUUUGUGAAUAAUGCAGCUAAUUCUCUCAGUUCAUCUCAGGUGUUGAUAGGAAAUGUGAGGUGCUUUUUUUUUUUUUUUUAAGUAAAACCUAGUCAUCAGAAUUCCGAAUUCUACCCUCAGCCUCGGUAGGAGAAUGUAGGAGAAUGAACUAUUCUUAGAGGUAAAGGGACCCCUGACCAUUAGGUCCAGUCAUGACUGACUCUGGGCUUGUGGCGCUCAUCUCGCUUUAUUGGCCGAGGUAGACGGCCUACAGCUUCCGGGUCAUGUGGCCAGCAUGACUAAGCCGCUUAUAGUGAACCAGAGCAGCACACAAACGCCGUUUACCUUCCCGCUGGAGCAGUAUCUAUUUAUCUACUUGCACUUUGACGUGCUUUCGAACUGCUAUGUUGGUAGGAGCAGGGACCGAGCAACGGGAGCUCACCCCGUCGUGGGGAUUCUGAUCAGCAAGUCCUAGGCUCUGUGGUUUAACCCACAGCGCCAUCCGAGUCACUCCCUAGUAAAAUUCUUACUCCUUAGUAAAAUUCUUAAAGGUAAAAGGUACCCCUGCCCGUACAGGCCAGUCGUGUCCGACUCUAGGGUUGUGUGCCCAUCUCACUUAAGAGGCCGGGGGCCAGCGCUGUCCGGAGACACUUCCGGGUCACGUGGCCAGCGUGACGAAGCUACUCUGGCGAGCCAGCACCAGCGCAGCACACGGAAACGCCGUUUACCUUCCUGCUAUAAAGCGGUACCUAUUUAUCUACUUGCACUUAGGGGUGCUUUUGAACUGCUAGGUGGGCAGGAGCUGGGACUGAAAGACAGGAGCUCACCCUGCCGCGGGGAUUCGAACCACCGACCAUGCGAUCGGCAAGCCCUAGGCACUGAGGUUUUACCCACAGCGCCACCCGCGUCCCUGAGUAAAAUUCUUACUCCCUAGUAAAAGCAGCUAGAACUAUAAGGUUAAAUAAAUCAGAUAAGCUAUGCAGCAUAAUGGCUAGAAUGCAGAGCUUGGAUGUGGGGUAACUCAAGACUCAAAUACAUGUUCAUUCAUGAAGCUCAUAGAAAUCACCACUUGGAAGGACUGUUGUCAAGGAAAGUCAGUGGUAGAGCAUUUGUUUGCAUUCAAAAAAGUCACUGGUUCAAUUUCCAGGUUAGACUGGGAAAGACUUCUGAUUGAAUCCUGGGGAGCUGCUGCCAGUCUGUGUAAAUCAUGUUGAGCCAGAUGGACCAAAGAUAGCUUCAAGUGAGUUUAAUCCACUUGUGGCUCUGAUCAUAGAGUAAGGGUUUCCAUGACUACCGUCUGACACUUGUGCAAGUUUGCCUUGAUAUACAAACAUCAAACUGAUACCAUGAUUCACAGACCCCUUUCAUAGUCAUGGACCCUGAUCAUUUUGUAACUAAAGUCAAUGCAAUGGAUAACUUUCAAAUGGAGAUUCGGGAUUUCCCUGAAGCCAUACCCUUAAAGCUUGACUUCCCAAAUAUGUGAGGCUUCUCUGAAAUUAAUCAGAGGGAAAGGUGCUCUGCAUAUGCUCUAACUAGGGAAGGGAUGGCUUAAAAUGCAAGUAUACCAGCUUAAAUGCCUUGUCAGUCAGUUAGUGAUGCCUGGUAAUUUGACAGGCAUCUAUCAUCUGUACUUUGUACAGAAAAAGAGAAACAGUCCAAUAUAUAUUGAUGACUAAAGAUGGAAAUCCAAGUGGCACCUUCACUCCCCCUUCCCCUGCCACAAUUUAUUAUUCUUAUUUUCAUCAACGGAUCAAUUCCAUUCACUUCUACUUAGCCGUUAAGUCCUACUGAAUUUAGUGUAGCUUUCUGCUAGGUUAGUGUACACAGGAUUACAGCCUAAAUCACUAACUCCUUCCCUUUGAUGGCACAACAAAAUAUGCUGUCUCAGACGGUCUGUUUUGCUCUGCCUAACAGUAUGGUCAGCCAUGCCAGAAAAUACCGUAUUUUUUGCUCUAUAAGACUCACUUUUUCCCUCCUAAAAAGUAAGGGGAGAUGUGUGUGCGUCUUAUGGGGCGAAUGCAGGCUGCGCAACUAUCCCAGAAGCCAGAACAGCAAGAGGGAUCACUGCUUUCACUACGCAGCAAUCCCUCUUGCUAUUCUGGCUUCUGAGAUUCAGAAUAUUUUUUUUCUUGUUUUCCUCCUCCAAAAACUAGGUGCGUCUUGUGGUCUGGUGCGUCUUAUAGAGCGAAAAAUACGGUAAAUACAGAUAUUUGAAUGCAGCAUUAUUUCUUCUUGUCAAAAACCUAUAGUUAUUUUCAGAGCCACAAAAUGAGCAAAGCAGAAAGAGAAGAGGUGUGUCUUACCUAUGAUAAAAAGAAUUUCCACUGCAAUGUCACUGACAGUUGUGCUUCGGGUUGUAGAUAGAUCAUCGUUGCCAAUAAAGCAAACAUUGUAAGGUACAGUCACGGCAACAUAAAACGUCGCCAAUAAAAUAAGCCAGUCCCAGCCAGCUUUGAAAGUGCUAAAAUGCAAAAGUAUGAAUUUCGACUUUUUUGCAUCUGAAACUUUGUAUUCUGGAAAUGCUGGUUUAUCUACAAAAACAUUCUGGAAGGGAAAGAGAGAAAGAGAAUCAAUAUAUAAUGCAUCAGUUCUUAUUUGACAACUAAUGGAAAACUUUUUGGUAGUCUUACAACUUUGUAAAAGCUGCCCUCCCCCACCCACACAUUGCCCACCAAAGCUAAAUUUGCCAAUAUUGUUCCUUUAAUCCUCCUUCCAUGGGCUCAGCAUAAUCGCACUUCACAUUAAUGUACUGCAGGGUUAUUUUAACUGUAAGGGAGGAGAAUGGAAACACUUUCUGCCAGAAAUGGAAAGGGAAAAUCCUCGAUGCUAACUCAGUAAAGAGGCCAAAAGUGCUCCAGAGAGCGGCUGUUGCAUUAUAAAUCCAGAGAAAAUGCAUGGUGCUGCUCCUGAGAGGUGCUGUUACCAGCAUAAGCUGGCAUUUUCAGUUUAGCUACAGCCAUUUCUGAAGCAUCCAUUACAGAACUCUUGACCUUUUAAACUGACUGUUCAUGUAAUAAUUCUUGGCUGACUUGCCCACCUCGGGUAUUAAAAAAUAAUGCUUGGCAAUACAACACUAAAGCCAUACUUUCUGUCUCUUUAUUGUCGUAGCUGCAAAAAAGGGUAAAUCGUUUUGUGUGUUGUUGUUUCAGCUGUAGGCACUGAUGUCAGAGUACUUUGCUAAGUAUGAACACAAUCUAACCAAAGUUAAGUAAAGUUUAGUAAAGUCCCAAGCUUUGCCCAAGUAGGUGGUAAGUUAGAAAACCAAGCCUUAUGAGGAAUGGUUGAGGGAGCUGGGUAUGUUUGGCCUGGGUAAGAGGAGAUAUGAUAGCCAUCUUCAAAUAUCUAAAGGGCUGUCACAUGGAAGAUAGAGCAAGCCUGAUUUCUCCUGUUCUGGAGCUUAGAACCCGAACCAACAGAUUCAAGUUACAAGAAAGGAGACUCGGACUAAACAUCAGGAAGAACUUUCCGAUGGUACAAGCUGUUCAAAAGUGGAACAGAUUCCCUUAGAAGGUAGCGGACUCUUUUCUUCCUUGGAGGUUUUUAAGCAGAGUUUGAGUAGCCAUGGAUGCUUUGCAGGGGGGUUGGACUAGUAAACCCUAAAGGUCCCUUCCAAUUCUAUGAUUCUAUAAUAAAAAGAACAAGGAUGGGGAUGGUGCGUCCUGUGGGAGUGGCAUGCUGAUGUAGAGCCCAGAAAGCCCAGAAAUAGGUUGUCUGGAGGCAGGUGGCUUUGAGACUUCUGAAUCUAAAGCCCUGUGAAUUCCCUAAAGGGCUCCUCAGUGACACCAGCCUGGAGCUGGCAUAGCAAAAAAUAAAAAUAAAAGCCCACCAUCACACCUCCCAUCCUGGCUGGUGCAUGUUUAACAGAGUUUCAGAUGUGGCAGUGAAUCUAAAAUUCUCUGCCUUGCCCUGCUGCUUUCUGAUCUCAGGGUGAAUUGUUCUGCUCAUCUCAUAAAUUCCAAGGGGUGGAUUAAGCAUAUGUUUACAUUAUAUUAUUAUUUUCAUCAGAAAAUAUUAAAUACACUUAAUAUUUACAUAUUAAAUAUCAAGCCUUUCUUUCCCAGGAUCAUCUCACCAUAAUUAAAAAUUAAAAUUCAGAGAACAACAAAAUACAACCUCCAACAAGUUCCGGGCUCAAUAUACCCUCCAUUUGAGAAAUUUACUACAUGUCAUUUUAUUACGUUCAAUGACCAGUAUUAAGAGCAAAACACCAAUUAAAAUUUUGUGGAAGCUGAAAACAAGAUAAAAUGAAAUAAAAUCACAUAUACAUUAAAAAGCAGUUAUGGGUGAUCAUUUAUCUGUCAGAGUGGAAAACCUUCUGACCUAGAAGUGUCCAUUGGUCAAUAUAUUCUAUAUUAUACUAAUAUAUAACGGGUGCUAACUAUUAUAUGUCAUAUUUUGAUUGCUGCUGCACAAAAUUUGGCCACUUUGUGUGUUAUAGCAGGAUUUUUAUCAAGGAGCAACAGAGUGGCAAGAAACUGACCAGAGCAUCCGCUAUAUUUCAACUUCUCAGUCAUGCAAGCUUUUAAAAAAACAUUUUAAAGACAUGAACUCAUGUCUUUGGCUUCCUGGUUGCCAAAAUGUCUUUCCCAGCUUGAUGUGGAUUAAAACAAGCAAAACACAAGUACAGGACAAGCAAAAAGUGGGGACGCAAGAGCAAAGUAAUGUGUUAAUCAAUGCACACAAUUAAAAUUGUAUCCACUUGUAGCUGAGAUUGCAUUAGGGCAUCUUGUAGAAGCAUUAGUCCAAAGGUCUGGUGUCAAAAGAAACCAGCCUACAAAAACAGCAAGUGUAUUUUGUAGGCUUACUUGUCAGCUGUGGUUACUUAGAGAUGUGCAUCAUGGAAGCCUUAGCAGAGACUAUGAUUGCAAUUAAAGCACAAGAAGAUCGAUUUAUGUAUUCUACCAAGCUACACACAUCCAUUUCAAAUCCAGGGAGAAAUCUCCUCAGCUUCUAGGUUUUAUUUACAACAGCAAUGAUUUGAUUCAAAGUCUUGCUGCCAAUUAAAGGGAGACUGAAAGUAAUGAAUUACUAAAAAUACCUCAUGCUUUAAACUUGCAAUGGAAAUAUGAGCAACUGUGCUAAAACAUUCCAGUUCUAAACGCUGCUGCCCUGGUUCAGGGAAUGUGUAUCUUUCCAAACUGACAUGCAUGGUGAAAAAUAUUUUGUGCGUGUAGCUCAACAGUUAAAGAAGGAGGUGGGUGGGAAGAAGGCAACCUCCACAAGUAUCAAUUAGCAAGAUGAUGAGCAGCCCAGCAUUUGGGAGGAAGGGUGUGUAGUAUGACACUGUAUCUUUCCAUAGCACACAGGCAUAAGAAAUGGGAGAAAAGCAAGUGAAAUGUUGAAUGCUGCAAGAGUAUCUUAUGUCCCUUUUCAGAGCCAAACUGUAUAUGAUGCUAAAUGCAUUGUUAGCCAUCAUCUCUAUGCUUUUUAAAAUAAAAUAAAAUAAACAAACAGCCCGUUAGCAGGUUUAACUCUUUCCUCCCUCACUGUAGUCCAAAUUAAAAUCCCACCCCACAUUCCAUGGGAGUGGUAACCUCUACUGGUACCAAGGGGACCUUUCCUUCCAAGCCUAGUAGUAGGCACAGGUGGGGGGCAUUUUUUUAUUAGGACAUUGAUAGAGGAAAGGAUCAAAUCUGCUCUUCAGUUGCUAACAAUGCAUUUGCCCCAACACCUGUGAAGAGGACUCAAGAGCCAGUAUAUUAUUCAAAUAUAACACGAGAUGAUCUGCAAAGCAAGAGCCAAUUAAUAAGUGAGGGCAAGGAAGUUCAUUCAUUGCUUAGAGGAGAGCACCCCUCUUAUCAUCCCCUGAGCAUGCCAUUCAGUGAUAAUUAUUAUUAUUAUUAUAUUUAUUUAUACCCCACCCAGAGUGGCUGGGGUACAACAAAAUAUUAAAAUACAAUAGUCUGUUAAACAUUAAAAGCUUCGCUAAACAGGGCUGCCUUCAGAUGUCUUCUAAAAGGUACUUCAUUAAAGGUACAUUAAAGGUACUUCAUCCCUCCUUCUUGCUAGAUGAGCCUUGAGGAGUGAGGACCAAACAUGUACAGAAAAGCAUUCACCCAAAUGUCCCGGCCCAUCCCUGUAGGCACCCCGAAACCACUUCCCCCUAGUCUGGGGCUAUAGUUGAUUGCUCCCAUGAACCCACAACCCUAUAAUGCCUCAGGGUGGCAUAGGAUUUCAUCUUAAUUUGCUCAGCUGCCUGCACUAAAUACCACCCAAGGUGAUCAGCUUCUACUUGUUUGACUCCACCCAACCACAUAAGAAAAGGAGGGGUUGGAGUAGCCCUAAAACUGGCCUGGUCCACUCCCCCAUGAUUGGUCACCUCACCCCAGGUCACAUAUUUGCCCCCCCCUUGGGAAAUUCAUUUCAGAGUCUCAUUCAGGUAAGGGGUUGGUACAGCAAUUUCAGUCCUGUUAAUAGUGGGAACACCAUUAGUAUCGCAUCUAGUUUGGCUCUCAGAGAGGGGCUCUGAACCCACUGUAUAUGAAAUUGUACCAUUCAUAUGAGAGCACGCCUCUGACAUUACCGGAGGUUACAUUAUCUAUGUGAGUUCUACACAUCCCUAGGCUGUCCCUACUUAAUAUGGAAGUUCCUCCUUAGGUAAAACUUUUGCAGAAUACUAAGGAAGUCCAAAGGAGUUUCAACAACACUACAACAUUUCUAGGAGAAGGAAAACAAUCAAAUUCCUAACACAAGGGAUUAGGGUAUUCUGAAUUGGCUCAAACUCCAGAGAAGCUUGGAGAUUGUGUGCAUCCAGCAGAGAAAUUCCUUAUAUACUACAUUAGAAUCAGUUUUAAGAACUUUGCUAAAGAAAAGAAAACAUAAAGAAGCUUGCAGCUGUGAAAAUGAAUGGCAUUGAUCUGCAAGCUUAUGUGUCACCUAUAUGAAUAGCCAAGGUCCCAGCCAGCCUCUAUUGUGUUCUACCCUUGUCUUGUAAUAUAGCUCAAUUCAUUCUCUAUAAAAAUAUUAUACUGGCAUAGUUUUUUGCUUUAUAUAUUGACCUUCCAUAUUGCAUUAUUGAAAAGAAACUUGAGAGCAAGAACGUACUACAAAUAAAAUUACAAAUGAUUAGUAGUACCCAUUAGAGAAACUCUUCUGAGUUAGAAGAAAAUUCACUGUACAAAUAACCACACAAAAAGAAGCUUAGUGCUCUACACCUACAUUAUUAAUUUUUAAUUUGUUCUUUUCUCUUCUUUGUAGGUGUCCAGAGAUGUGA